CCCCUGUCAUGGCUUUUCUUUUCAACUGGAUCCCUGUUAAAGCCCUUCUCAUUUGGCAGUCCCUGCAAACCAAAUAAAAACCAUGUCAGCCUCCAACAGCCCUCGCAUUAUAGUUGUCGUAAGCGCCACAGGCAAUCAAGGAAGCGGUGUCAUCCGCGCCCUGCUAGACUCCAAGACACCAGACGAUGGUCGCUGGCACGUUCGGGGAAUCACACGCGAUCCCAACUCCACAAAAGCGAAGCAAUUCCUAGCCGAACAUCAGACCCCCGACCAACGCCUUUUUCUCGUUGCGGGCCACGUGUUUGACCAGGCGUCCCUCGAAGCCGCCUUCACGGGCGCCCAUGGCGUGUUCGCCAUGACAUCUGAGACUCACGCAGGCAAAGUUCUGGAAAAGCCAGAAGAGAUGAAGCAUGAGAUUGAGUCCGGUCGGAACAUGGUCUUGGCCGCGGAAGCGUGUCGUGUCCAGCACUUCGUCUUCAGUAGUUUGCCGGACAUGGUAAGCGUAACUGGAGGACGAUAUCCCAAUCUCUACCAUAUGAACAACAAGUAUGAAGUUGAGAAGAUUGUGAGAGAGCGCCUCGACGCGGUGACGUGUCUUAUUCCUGGGUUCUUUUAUACGAAUCUGCGCUGGCCGCAGUAUACUGACCGCCGAUCGGACGGGGUCGUUCGAAUCCGUAUUCCUAUCCCAAGGGACCAGGUUGCACAGUGGACUGAUCCGAGCCAUGACAUGGGCGUUUUCGCAGCGAAGGUGUUCGAGCUGGGCGUCGGGAAGACCCGUGGAAAGACAUACUGUGUGCUCAGCCCUCGAGUUACACCGGAUGAGAUGGUCGCGGCGUUUACGAAAGUCACCGGGCAGCCUGCCGUUCACGAUCCGAUCACGCCAGAGCGAUUCGGGGAAAUGGCGGCGCCCUUUGUUGGGCCAGCUUUCAAAGAAGAUGCCAAGGAGAUGAUGGAAUGGGCUUCUGUGGCGCCAGCGGACAAGAUCUGUUACGGGGCUUUCACGGAGGAUCAGGACCGCUCAUUCGAGGAGCUGGGUCUGAAAGCCUCCUCUUUCGAGGAAUGGCUCGCCCGCAGUGGCUGGACGGGUCCAGCAUGAUCAAUAGAUGUGAAUCGUUCGGAUAACCUAUAUGGCUCAGGUUGAUGAUGAAUGUAUUAGAAUUUGACAUUGUAAUUAAUUCGCUUUGCAUCUCGCGGGCUG